AUGACUGCAUUAAAGCGAUCUCGUGACGACUACCGAGAACGAGCAUAUAUAGCCGCCUCCCGUCGCACCGACCGAAGCGCCAAAGCCCGCAUGGAAUCCGCUUUAAUGGCAAGCGAGAUCCAUAAGAAGCGCACCGGGAAACGCCUGCAUGUCACCGAGGAUAUUGUCAUGAGCGAUGCGCCAUAUGAGGAGGACCAAGAUUCGCCGCGCCCACAAACAUAUCCAGUGGUUUCCAAAUUGGGCAUGAGCAUGGGCGCGGAAGUGAUAUCGAAGGCAUCACUCACUUCUGCCGUACUUGCCAAAACGGAAGAGGAGUGGCGGGAAAAUGAGAUCAAUAGGCUAUUCGCAGAGGCAUUCCCGAAUUUCGGCAAGCAAUCCCAACUGCUCGUUCCUACACUACCGAAGGAAGACAAACCAUCCCAGGAGCCUACGUCCCGGAACACGAAGGAACCAGAUCAGCAGAACCCGCACGAGCACCUACAGAAUGUCAGCCCACAGUCUAAGCCUGGCGAGCCAGCUGAAGAAACAUCGCCAAGACCCAGGGAAGACUCGCUCCUCGGGGAAACCCCGUCGCUGCUCGGCAGCGAUGCAACAACCUUGACCUCUUGCUCACCAUCUUUCAUGCCUGACCUCUCAAAUGGAGCCGAGAUUCUUUCUGAGUUCUUUGAUCCAAACCUCACCAGAGGUCUGUACGUCAAUGACUACAGCGCCAUCGAAGAGGGAUUCAUCUUCAACACGAAUGAUUUCACCCAAGACGAUGACGUCAACAAAUGGUUGCAGCACGUUUGCGAUAGCGGCGACAUGCUAGACAUGGCAGGUUGGGAUUCUCAGCCCUUUGACGGGACGAUAGAGGACUGGUGGCCGACAAUCAUUGAUGACAGCGCUCAGCCGGAGACAUCUACUACUUAA